AUGGAUAUUUCUAAGGCUGGUGAAUGGAGCCGUCGGGCGCAAAUAAGUCCAUCUCGUUGUCUAAUACUCAGUGAUGUCCCAAUAGAUGUGAGGGAUGAGACAAUCGCAGAUGUACUUAAUACAGUGAAGGCAUUUGGUCAUCCCAAAAUUCAUGGCAAAUGGGGAGACCCUACAGGAAUUAAGUGGUUCUUGUUGCUUGAAACCAGUAAUGAUAUUGAUCCAGAUACUGUACCACCAGAGAUAGGGAUUCCUGAUGAGGCGGGCCCAUGGAGGGUACAUGUACCUGAAAAAAUGGUGACAGAUCCUUCAGUGGGAGAUGCUGUGUUUCAGGAUAAGUUGUUGUCCUUGUUGCAGCAGGAAGGAAAGUUGCUGGAGGAUGUGAAGUCUAUGCUGGAGCAAGGUGUAAAACCAGUACCUGCUGGGGAGGAAGAAUAUGACCCCUGGAUGGAACAGGCUGUCCAAAUGAUCAGCGAGUGGCAGUGUGCUGAUUCUGUGAAAAGGCAGCGUAUUGUUGAGAGUUUGCGGGGACCUGCUUCAGACAUAGUUCGGUUUCUAAAGGUUAGUAAACCAGCUGCCACAGCUACUGAUUAUCUGGUUGCUCUGGAAACUGCCUAUGGAAAUACUGAAAGUAAUUCUGAUCUUCUUGCAAAGUUCAGGAGUACUUACCAAGGGGAAAGUGAAAAGCUUUCUGAUUUUCUUUAUCGGCUGGACAAGCUCCUUCAUCACAUGCUUGUAAAAGGAGGGGUUGUAGCCACUGAUUUGAAUCGCAUGCGUAUGGAGCAAGUGGUAAAGGGAGCUCGUAAUACUGAUAUGGUAGCGCUACGACUAAGAAUGACCCACACUUUGCGUGAUCCUCCUAGUUUCUUGCAAUUGUUACGAGAAGUCAGGGAAGAAGAGGAUUGGAUCAGGGCUAGAGAUGGGGGAAAAGUAGUGGUUGCUGCUGCCUCUGUUCCACAGGCUUCUCUCGUGUCUGAAUUGAGUAGUAUAAAGCAAGAGGUGAGUGCACUCACAACACAGAUGUCCAAGCUGUUGAAGGCAGCUGCAACUGACCCUGUUCCUGAACAUUCUUCAAAGGCAACUGGCCCUGUGUGUCAAGUGGCAGAUGCUAGUGCUACAGAAGCUUCCAACAAGAAGAGCACAUCCAAGUUUUCUCGGCCUGGAAUUUUCUGUUACAAGUGUGAUGAGGAUGGUCACACAAAGAGAGAGUGUCGAGGAACUGAAAACCUGAGGAAAGUAAAUCAAAAGUUGAUCAGUCAGAGCAGGUUUUCGGGAAACUUCUAG